AUGCGCCGGCAGAAAGUCUCAGAUCUCCCGGAGACAUCAACCCGCUCCGCCAUGUUGGCGCUGUCGCUGCUUGUGCUGCUCUCAUGGGCUAUAUAUGCACAUUGCUUCGCAGUUGUCACUUACAUCCUGUCUCUUCCUACCUAUAUUGAAGCUGCCUUUUCAGGAUUGAGCCUUGUGAACAGUACUCUGAACAAUUUGACUCAAUCUUCGGAUCCACUCGUCAACUUUCAAAUCUACGAGCCUGUCUUCACACCAAAGGAAGAGGGUAAAUAUGGUUGUGUACAUACUAUGACCCUCAUGGAGAAGGUGUUUGAGAACACAUAUGGUUUCCCUUUCGUCGGUACUUACAAACCCCCACCUUGCGCGUUCAACCGGGUGACCAUGAAUUUCACCGUGAGGGUGAAGGGCGAACAAUUUGAUAGAAUGGGUAUUAUGUACCUGGGUGAUAUAGAAGUCUUCAGGACAACAACCUCGGAACCUACCCCGGAUGGCAUAAUCUGGACUUACGUGAAGGAAAUGGACCAAUAUAAUACCCUCUGGAAGCAGGAGCAGAAGCUGAUUUUUGACAUGCCAAACAUUGUCAGAGGUCCAUAUACUGGACCCUUGAUUACAACCCUCACUGCUACAUUCUUUACCGUACCCCAAAAUCGUCAGGUCGCAGAUGAAAUCCUACCAAUUUCCAGAGGAAACUCUGGGAAAGACGAGGGAAGUGCCUUCUCAGUACCAAGUGAUGUCGCGAAGGUGACUUACUCGUUCAAAUCUAAGUACAAUAAAGCUGUCGUGUCUCUAUCAGCUUGCGGGCAGCAAAGGGAAGAAUUCUGGUACAAUGCUGUCCUCACCUCAGACGCCGACACUUUCAAGAGGCGGACAGGUGAUAGCCUUGUUCGCUACUCGCCAUUUCGCGAAGUACAAUUGCUCAUUGACGGGAAAUUGGCUGGUGUCUCGUGGCCCUUUCCAUACAUUUUUACUGGUGGCCUAGUGCCGGGCAUUUGGCAGCCCGUCGUCCAAAUAGGCACUUAUGAUCUCAAGCAACAUGAGAUCGAUGUCACGCCGUGGCUGGGUUAUCUCUCCGAUGGUAAAGAUCAUGAGUUCCAGAUCAAGAUCGUCGGACUGAAUGACGACGGAAAAGGCAAUGCGACACUCUCUGACACGGUCGAAGGAUGGUGGGUUAUCAGCGGAACCAUCUUCCUCUUCAACAGCGACGGCCCCACCAUCUCUCAACCAGAGCCCCCCUCGAUACAGGCAGAAAACCCCAGGAUCGAAGUCUCAUCCUCGAAAUCCACCACCUCCACAGGCGACCCUGAGUCUUUGACUUACAGCAUCGAAGUCUCCCGCUCCCUCAGCAUAAGCUCGUCCAGCGGCUCCUGGGCGCAAGACCUCUCCUUCCAUAACGCCGGCUCUUUAACCGACGAAGGCCGCACACAAGCCAUCACCCAGUCCACCAAGGGCAACGACACCUCCAAAUCCGGAUAUUCCCGAGAAUACACCUACCCGCUCAGCGUCAACACAACCUGGUCCAAGCCGUCAGCCGGCAGCCUCUCUCUCUCCGGCAGCGUCUCCAGCGGGCUCUCCCUCUCCAUAACCGGGCCCUCCGUCUUCCCCAACGGCAUCCAGAAUUUCAACCUCGACAGUCCGGCCCUGAUGCCGCUCGACACCAGCACGCAAGAAGUCCAACUUAGCCCCAUCAACGCAACUGCGCCCGCCGACAUGACUGCGUCCUGGACGAUUACGCAGUCCGGCGAAGGGAAGUACUUCGACACCGACGCCGACGACCAAUCCUACAGUUUUGGCAGCCACAGGCAGGAUUUCGCGUUCGAGGGGAAGGAUGGCUCGGCUGGGGUGGGGGGCAGGUCGUGGGAGAAAUACACGAGGAGCGUUGAGGUGGUUAAUUUGACGGUUGUAAGGGAUGAGACGAGUUUGGAAGGCGAGACGAUAGCUGUGCCUGUCACGAGGGAUGUGCAGGCAGAGGGGGGAGGAAUGGUGUCGAUAUUGGGUCGCUUGGCGUGCCGGUGGGGGGGAUUAGUGUGA